GUCAUAGUCUGACUGGCGGCGGCCGCCGCAGGUAAAGAGAACAUUUUCCCAAAGAAAAUAACAUAGUUCAGAAGGAAAAAUAAAAAGACAUUGCUGCAGAUUUUACUUUGCAAUAUGUAAAAAUAUCUACAGUUUCUUUGAGACACUGAUAUAAAGGUAGCAGUCAUGUUUCAUGAGUCCUCAAAACUGUGAGACGAGAGAAUGUAGUAGAGUGAGGCCAGAAGUUCUUACUGGUUCAAAGAACUCCAGGGAAACUGGGAUAGAACAUUUUACGUUAUAAGUAGAACACCAGGAACCAGAGGUGAAUACACGUUUAUCUGCAGAGCUUCGCUGCAGAGCUGAACUGGGUCUGGAAGAAAUGGAUGAGAACCACUGGAUGAAAUUCACUAAUACUAGACAUCUGAGUCCUCUAAUAUUUGUGAAUGAACUUUGCUAAGUAUGGAUUCAGGUGGUGGAAGUCUUGGAUUACACACGUCAGACUCUAGAAUGGCCCAUACCAUGAUUAUGCAGGAUUUUGUGGCUGGAAUGGCUGGUACUGCGCAUAUCGAUGGAGAUCAUAUUGUUGUUUCAGUUCCUGAAGCUGUAUUAGUUUCUGAUGUUGUCACAGAUGAUGGGAUAACUCUUGAUCAUGGCCUUGCAGCUGAGGUUGUCCAUGGUCCUGAUAUCAUCGCAGAGACUGAUGUAGUAACAGAAGGUGUGAUUGUCCCUGAAGCUGUACUUGAAGCUGAUGUUGCCAUUGAAGAAGACUUAGAGGAAGAUGAUGGUGAUCAUAUCUUGACUUCUGAACUAAUUACAGAAACCGUUAGGGUACCUGAGCAGGUUUUUGUGGCUGACCUUGUUACUGGUCCUGAUGGACACUUGGAACAUGUGGUCCAAGAUUGUGUGUCAGGAGUUGACUCUCCCACAAGGGUAUCAGAGGAGGUUCUUGUAACUAAUUCAGAUACAGAAACUGUGAUUCAAGCAGCUGGUGGCGUUCCUGGUUCUACAGUUACUAUAAAAACCGAAGAUGAUGAUGAUGAUGACGUCAAGAGCACUUCUGAAGACUAUUUAAUGAUAUCUUUGGAUGAUGUUGGAGAGAAAUUAGAGCAUAUGGGGAACACAUCAUUAAAAAUCGGCAGUGAUGGUUCACAAGAAGAUGUUAAAGAAGAUGGAUUUGGUUCAGAAGUAAUAAAAGUAUAUAUAUUUAAAGCAGAGGCUGAAGAUGAUGUUGAGAUAGGUGGAACAGAAAUUGUCACAGAGAGCGAGUAUACCAGUGGGCAUUCUGUAGCUGGAGUGCUUGACCAGAGCUGAAUGCAGCGGGAGAAGAUGGUUUACAUGGCAGUUAAAGAUUCUUCCCAAGAAGAAGAUGAUAUAAGAGAUGAAAGAAGAGUUUCUCGAAGGUAUGAAGAUUGUCAAGCAUCAGGAAAUACUUUGGAUUCAACAUUAGAAAAUAGAAGUAGUACAGCAGCCCAGUACCUUCAAAUUUGUGAUAGCAUUAAUACAAAUAAAGUACUUAAACAAAAAGCCAAGAAAAGGAGAAGGGGAGAAACCAGGCAGUGGCAAACAGCUGUUAUAAUAGGUCCUGAUGGACAGCCCCUGACAGUGUACCCUUGCCAUAUUUGCACAAAAAAGUUUAAAUCCAGGGGAUUCUUAAAAAGACACAUGAAGAAUCAUCCUGAUCAUUUGAUGAGAAAAAAAUAUCAGUGUACAGAUUGUGACUUUACAACUAACAAGAAAGUGAGUUUUCAUAACCACUUAGAAAGCCAUAAGCUUAUAAACAAAGUUGACAAAACCCAUGAAUUUACAGAAUACACACGGAGAUACAGAGAGGCUAGUCCACUGAGUUCGAAUAAACUUAUCUUAAGAGACAAGGAGCCGAAGAUGCACAAGUGCAAAUACUGUGACUAUGAAACUGCAGAACAAGGACUAUUGAAUAGACAUUUGUUGGCUGUUCACAGCAAGAAUUUUCCUCAUGUUUGUGUUGAGUGUGGGAAGGGUUUUCGACAUCCUUCUGAACUCAAGAAACAUAUGAGAACCCAUACUGGUGAGAAGCCAUAUCAGUGUCAGUAUUGUGUCUUCAGGUGUGCAGAUCAGUCAAAUCUGAAAACUCACAUUAAGUCUAAGCAUGGUAACAAUUUGCCAUAUAAAUGUGAGCACUGUCCCCAAGCAUUUGGUGAUGAGAGGGAGCUUCAGCGCCAUCUGGAUUUGUUUCAAGGACACAAGACACACCAGUGUCCUCAUUGUGACCACAAGAGCACCAAUUCAAGUGACCUUAAGUGGCACAUCAUAUCUGUCCAUACUAAGGAUUUUCCUCACAAAUGUGAGGUCUGUGAUAAAGGUUUCCAUCGGCCUUCUGAGCUCAAAAAGCAUAGUGAUAUCUAUAAGGGUAGGAAGAUUCAUCAGUGUAGGCACUGUGACUUUAAAACAUCAGAUCCAUUUAUUCUUAGUGGCCAUAUCCUUUCAGUUCAUACUAAGGAUCAGUCAUUGAAGUGUAAAAGGUGCAAGAGAGGAUUCAGGCAACAAAAUGAGCUCAAAAAGCAUAUGAAGACCCAUACUGGAAGGAAGAUUUACCAAUGUGAGUAUUGUGAAUACAGCACUACAGAUGCAUCUGGCUUUAAACGACAUGUGAUAUCAAUACAUACAAAAGACUAUCCACACAGAUGUGAAUUCUGCAAGAAGGGAUUCCGAAGACCAUCAGAAAAAAAUCAGCAUAUUAUGAGGCACCACAAGGAGGCUCUUAUGUAAUAAGAUCAAUAUAAAGAAAGAAGUUAUUUACAAAAUAUGAUAUGCUACAUGGGAGAAAAAUCUCACUAACUUUCAUCUGGUUUCAAAGCUUGAUAUUAAAUCAUAACUUUACAUUCUUUGUAUUAAAGAUCUUAAAACAUUUGAAUUAACAGGGGAUCUCAUAGCCCUUUGAAAAUUUCUUAAAUAAUUUAAGAAGCACCAUAGAAUGGUCACAGAAAAACUUCUUAAGUGUCUAUUUAAUAGUAUUAAAACUACAGAGGGGAAAAGCAAAGACAAAUACUUGAUUUGGCUGAUCAUACUACAGUCAAAUGUUUCUGAAAAGAAUACAUAAUUGAGUUUAACAAUGCUUUGCAAUAGCAAGCAAGCCUCACUUUUAAGAAAUUUUAGAAAUUGGGUGGGGAAAUAAAAUGCAGUCAUCCAUCAGUCACUUAUUCAUUGAGAUUUUUAUAUUGUACCUGGAAAUUGAAUUCCAGAAAUGAAAAAAGUUUUGUGUAUUCAUUAAAAGAAAAUUCACUAGAAAACAGGUUAGAUUAAUUCAGUACUAUUAAAAAAAUUUCAAAGCUGCUAAUAUCUUAUCACAGGAUAGGAUGUUUAAAAUAUAGCAUUCUGUGCUGAAGUCUAAGGUAAAGUAUAAGGAUUAAAAUUCCCUUUUUUGGAUGUUCAAGUUGAUUGUUGUUCAGUAUGGCAUAUAUAAAAAAUAUAUUUGAGUCAAAUGUGGCUUUCUAAAAUGGAUGCAGCAGUAGUGUUGCAAACAAAAUCAGCACUAUAUUUCUUAAUGAUCUAAAGAUUAAAUUGAGAGAACACAGUUUUCUUAAGUAUUAUAAUGUCUAGAGGGUUUUUUAGGACAGUCUUAGCAAGUAUGAUUGUUCUAGUCUUACUUGCUCUAAUGUUUAAAGGUGCAAUUUUAUGCCAUUAUUGAAACUUUUGAUUUUUAAAAUCGAUAUACCAUAUUAUUAACAUGCAUUUUUAAUAUGAGGCAGUAUUUAUGCAGUAUUUAACAUAACAAUAUACUGCCAAUAGAGUUCGGAGGUGGAUAUUCAGUUUACAGUGUAUAAAUUUAAAAUAUGCAUCCCUUUAACAACGCUUUGUGUUAGCAUGCUGCAAAUCAAAAUGGCGCUUAAUAUUAAAAGCUGGUUUAGGGAAAUUUAAUGAAAAUCCUGUUCAUAAAUGUAAUGCAUAUGAUGUGUACUUUUAAGUUUUAGUUGUUUCAUGUUUACAUUCAGCUGUUCAACAUAAUUAAAAUGUAAUUUUACUUCAUGCUAUAUUGUGGCUUUGUGUUUCAAAUGUUCACCUUUCUGUUUUUGCACCAGAUAAGAAUCCAUUCCUUGAGAAUAAAUUUUUUAUCUUUCUUAACUUCAGAAUAUUAACUUUGGAAAAUCUACUAAAAUUGUGUGUUAUGUGGCUGUAAAUGAUGUACACGCUGUAAAAUAAGAUCGUCACUGUUAUGUGGGAUUAUUAUUUCUAAAUGUUACUCAUUGAAAUGAGCAUACAAUAAAAAGCAUUUGUUGCA